AUGGCACCUCUAUCAAGAGAAAACAGACCUUCCAUAGUAGGUCCUGAAGUUCCUGAGAAACCUUAUCCUAUUUCGUUGAAAGGUAUCGUUUCACCUGGUUUUGGUAGAGGUGCAAGGUUUUUAGGUAUUCCUACUGCCAACUUACCUGAUUCUUCACUUCACCCACUAGAAGUAUUAAACCAUAAAACUGGAAUCUAUUACGGUUUCGCACAAGGUAGGAAAAGGUUGAUAGAAGAUGAUACUAAAGUUUGGCCAAUGGUCAUGAGUAUAGGAUGGAAUCCUUAUUUCAAGAAUGAAAAAGUGACGGCGGAAGUACAUAUAAUGCACGCAUUCGCACAUGAUUUCUAUGGACAUGAUAUGUCUGUUUUGAUACUUGGAUAUAUACGUCCUGAAUUAGAUUACGUUUCCAAGGAAGCCCUUAUUGCAGAUAUCCAAACAGACGUAAAGGUCGCCCUGAACUCUCUGGCCAGGGAAGGUUACGCCGUCUAUGCUAAAGAUCCAUUCUUCGCUACUCCCUGA